AUGGGGGCUUGCUGCAGCCAUACACUGCCCUCAGAUGAGUUCUGCCUUGGCAAGGAGUAUGACCGACGUCCCUGCAUGCCUUGCGACCCGGACGUGUCUUCGCGAGAGCGAACAGGCUUGGAGGUCUUAGAUGGCAAUCUGGAGACCCAGAUGCCUGACCUCCACUUCAAUGAAAGCGUCCCCGCGCUUCCUCCGACUCCUUCGAGCCCUUCCGGCGGGAGCUCAAAGCCUGCGCUGCACACUCACCAUUCUCAUGCCAGCAUCUCCAGAAGCUCAUCUGCCUUUGCAAGCGACAAGUCAAUCCAACUGGACCGGAGCUCAACUCGGACGAGCGUGGCAUUUCAGGAAGAGCAGGUGUUGGCCCUCUUCCAGAAGUUCGAUGCCAACAGGGACAACUGCGUCAGUCAUGAGGAGCUGCGCUCCGUGCUACAACAGCUGGCUGACCCCUCGGAUGUUCGUGGUGAGCGCCUCGAGGAGCUCCUGAGGCACAUCGACACCAAUGGCGAUGGCUUCAUCCAGUUGGAGGAGUUCAUGGCCUGGUGCUUCGCCAGCGGGGACGCCUGGAAGCGGCUUCGUUGGACGUGCUUCCAUGUUGUUCAUCUGGAAGCAUCCCGGAGCUCUUCCGAGAAGCUGCCUGCCAGGAACAAAAAUCGAAUUUCCCACUUCCACUGGUUGGAAGAGAUUCUCUCCAUGAUCGUGGAGAACAAGUGCAAGGGAGUUUCAACCUGCAUCGAGAGCCGGCGUCGCGGGACCCCGCUCUUUGUGGUUGCUGGUGUUUGCCCCAACAGCCUUUGUGGAAUGCAAGCGGUCAUGUACUGCAAGUUUGACAAAGACCUUGACUUCUGGUGGGUGAAGCCGAAGGCCGAGAAGCCGAGCCAGCUAGAGCGCAACACGCUGGAUCUGCACAAGGAGGGCAAAUAUCGAAAUGCAUCGGGAAAGUCCCGAGCUUUGUACUUGCCACUUGCGGAGAAGUUUGCUGGAAGUAAGGAAGGUUCCUUUGAAUUUGGCGUGGACGAGCUGGGCCGUGCCUUCAUCGAUGAAACAACAGCUACGGGCCGCUGUCGGAUGUUGCUUUACCUAGUGUGGCAGGAGAAUUGGAGUAGCUUUUUCGCCUACAACAAGUUUAUUGAGGGGAAGCUCAUCUACCAGCGCGGAAAGCCCUGGGAAUGCCCUGAGAGCCAGGCCAAGAGCACCGCGCCGUUCUUUGCCCGGCAGUACCGUCUCGAAGGUGGAGGCCUGUCCAUCGCAGGGGUCGAGACCGAGGAGACUGUGCUGUCUUUACUGCCGCCCGAUGUCUGCCAGGAGAUGUUUUCAAUGUGA